AUGGAGGAAGAGGGUCAGUGGGAGAAUCCCAAAGAAGAUUGUAAAGAGCAGCAGCAGCAGGAGGAGGUCAACAAGUGUGCCAAGCAGCUCUUGCCAGACCGGACCCUAGCUGCACAUAACCGUGCCAACGAAAAGCUUGUGCACUUUGUAAUCAAACAGCGCAUGGUGGAAGGACGCCUGCUGGCUGUGAUCCGAGGUCAGGUGCAAUCGAGGUGGCUCCGCUACUUCCAGAGAUCUGACAAUAGAUUUUUUGGAGUGGAGACUUACCUGGAAGAUAACACGCAGUUAGACAAAAUGUUCUGUUAUCUCACCGAGCUCUACGAGACUGCUGUGCCCAUACUGCCAGGCAAGCCUGCGGCUCAAUACAUGGAGCGCAUCCCGUUUGUUUUGGAUGUGCUCCUUCCCGAGGCUAUCACAUACGCCAUUGUUGGGAUGGACAAUAUCUCUAUAAAGAAGGCAGAAGAAAAAUACCUGAAAGGACGUUGUUUAAGUAACAGGGAAAUACAAGACUAUGAGUUGAUGAUUGAGCGGCUCUGUAUGAGAAAAUCCUAGCAGCUGAACACAAUGCUUUGUUUCAAUUCCAACAGACGUCUGAGUGGAUGUAAUCAAAUUGCCUUCUCAAGGCAGUCUUAAAAUGGUCUGGCAUCAGGAACCUCUCACUGCAAGUGUAAAAUCU